UAGCACAAAGGUCACCUUCAGUCGGCCGGACGUUGCGGCGGUGACGAUCAGAGUUGAGCAGUGGGACGUUGGCGCUCGUUGACAGCGGAGCGUCUCGACGUCGUCGUCGUGGUGGUUAUCCGCGUUUCUUUGAGUUAUAAGGAAUACUGUGAUACAGUCAUGGCUGAGGAAACGCCAGCACAGAAGUUUAUAAAGCCCGGAAGCCACAAGGGCAAAGGGAUUGCUGUAUUCACCAGCGGUGGCGAUUCUCAAGGGAUGAAUGCUGCUGUACGAGCAGUUGUGAGGAUGGGUAUUUAUCUUGGAUGCAGAGUAUACUUCAUCAGAGAAGGCUAUCAAGGUAUGGUGGACGGCGGAAAGAAUAUUGAGGAAGCUACGUGGUCGUCCGUGUCUUGCAUCAUUCACAGGGGUGGUACAGUGAUAGGCUCCGCUCGAUGUAAAGAAUUCAGGGAACGCGCCGGUCGUCGAAAAGCUGCUAAGAAUUUAGUCAAUCUUGGAAUAACCAACUUGGUAGUGAUCGGUGGAGAUGGUUCCCUCACGGGUGCCAAUCUCUUUAAGGAGGAGUGGUCCGAGCUGCUCAAGGAACUCACCGAGUCCGGCGAGAUAACUGCCGAACAAAGCGAGAAGUACAAACAGCUGCACAUAGUCGGUUUGGUGGGUUCCAUCGACAACGAUUUUUGUGGUACGGAUAUGACGAUUGGUACUGAUUCCGCGUUGCACCGUAUCAUCGAGAGCAUAGACGCCAUAGUCAGUACAGCGUAUAGCCAUCAGAGGACAUUUAUAAUGGAAGUUAUGGGACGCCAUUGCGGGUAUCUGGCUAUUGUGGGCGCUUUAGCUGCGGAGGCCGACUAUAUUUUCAUCCCGGAAUGUCCGCCUCCCAUCGACUGGCCUGAAAAAUUAUGUAGAAAGUUGGAGCAGGAAAGACUCACUGGUCAGCGACUCAAUAUUAUUAUCGUGGCUGAGGGAGCUGUGGACAGAAAUGGCGAUCCAAUUACUGCUGACAAGGUGCAUAAAGUUGUUGUAGAGAAGCUACAGCAGGAUACGAGAGUCACUGUUUUGGGCCAUGUACAAAGAGGUGGUAAUCCUUCAGCUUUUGAUAGAGUUUUGGGAUGUCGAAUGGGGGCUGAAGCUGUGAUGGCUUUGAUGGAGGCUACGCCAGAUACGGAAGCGUGCGUCGUCACGUUGGACGGUAACCAGGCCGUGAGAUUACCACUCAUGGAAUGUGUUCGUCGUACGAAAGCUGUAGCGGAAGCUAUGGCCGUUAAGAACUGGGAUCUUGCUGUUCAACUUCGAGGAAAAGGCUUCGAACGGAACUUGGAAACUUACAAGAUGCUGACUCGUUUGAAAGCUCCAGAUUUGGAUCACGACGCAAAUAAGGAAGUUAGUGGCCGCACAUUAUCAAAGCAAUACACCCUGUGUGGACAAGAUAAUUACACACUGGCGGUCAUGCAUAUAGGAUCACCGUCUUGUGGUAUGAACGCGGCGGUUCGUUCCUUUGUGAGAAAUUGUAUUUAUCGUGGUGACAAGGUGUACGGUAUCGGCGACGGAGUGUUGGGUCUCAUAGCCGGUAGAUUCAAACUGAUGGAUUGGCCGUCAGUGACGGGUUGGGUCGCGGAAGGUGGUGCGAAGCUGGGAACGAAGCGCGCACCACCCCAGGAGGAUCAGUUACCGCUAAUUGCUCAGAAACUCAAGGAAUUUGAAAUUCAAGCGUUGCUCAUUAUAGGCGGCUUCGAGGGUUAUCAAACUGGUCUGACAUUUUUCAAAGCGAGGGAUAAGUACGAGGAAUUCCGGAUCCCUAUUGCCAUGAUUCCCGCAACUAUCAGCAACAACGUACCGGGUACCGAAUUUUCGUUAGGCUGUGAUACAGCUUUAAACGAAAUUUCCGAAAUCUGCGAUCGCAUACGGCAAUCGGCACAAGGUACUAAACGUCGUGUCUUUAUUAUCGAAACUAUGGGCGGAUUCUGCGGCUAUUUGGCGACAGUCGCUGGCUUAGCUGGAGGCGCCGAUGCCGCGUACAUCUACGAGGAGAAAUUUAAUAUUAAAGACUUGAAUCAAGACGUCAUCGCAAUGGCAGCGAAAAUGUCGGAAGGCGUCGAGAGAGGCCUCAUUAUCAGGAACGAGAGCGCUAAUGAGAAUUACAACACGGAGUUCAUGUACAGACUAUUCAGCGAGGAAGGAAAAGGUUUAUUUAGUUGCAGGAGGAACAUACUCGGUCACAUGCAGCAAGGUGGUUCGCCAACGCCAUUUGAUCGUAACUUGGGAACGAAGAUGGGUUCUAAAGCGGUGGAAUGGUUCAGUGAUCAAUUAAGAAAAUGCACCAGUCCCGAUGGCAAGACAGUUACCACAGCAGCUGACAGCGCAGUGAUGCUCGGUAUUAUCAGACGACAAUAUAGAUACACACCGUUCACGGAACUUAUCGAAGUUACCGAUUUCGAACAUCGCAUUCCGACGUAUCAAUGGUGGAUGAAGCUGCGUCCGUUACUGAAGGUAUUGGCAAAACAUGAAUCAACGUACGAAGAGGAGGGUCUUUACAUAACGAUCGAGGAGAUGGAUGAGCAAAAGGAUCCACCCCUCGUGUAAAUCAUAAAAAUAAUUGUCUAGGAACGUAGGCGGGGUAGAGCGAUCAUGCGAAACGGACGUUGCUAAUCGUGUAGAGAGUAGAUACUGAUUGAGAGUAUUGUACGAUGUUGUAAUAAUUCUGUUACUAUGCUGGACAAGAAGCAAAUCUUGUACGUAUUGAAUUAUGCGCAUCCGGUUGAUUUUUAUUAUUCGCAUUACUAAAUCUUGAGCAACGUGCGCUGCAUAUGUUCUUGUUAUCGUUAUUUAUUUAAGAGAUCCGCACGCGAAAAUUUCGAAUGUAAGUCAUUUGGACGACUAAUGGAUACGUGAUCGAGAAUAUAGAGACGCUUCUUUCUUCUUAGAAGUCAUGUUUGUAUCUUGAAAAUUCUCCAACUCAGGUCAGAAAUAGGUACAAAGGCAGUACCUGAAACGCAAAGGUAAGGUAUAUACUUUAGACAUCACGUCGACGACGAUACGAUAUUGCCAAAGAGACGAUUUUACCGAUAUAUCAUCGUUGGCAUAGAACGGAUUGGUAUUGUUAUCUUGUAGUAACGUUAAAAUGCGUACAUCGAUGUAUAAUAUUGAAGACGUAUUAGACUUGAUGUAUAUAAAAUUUAGCGUAUAACAUAUGCGAGGUUCAAAUUAUGAUAUUACAAGAUCAUUUUUACAAAAUAUGAUUUUUGCAAAAUAUAAGAACAGAAAUGAUUAAAUUGGAGAUUUUUUAGGGACAUGCAUAAAAUACUUAAAUUUGAUAUGCUACUCGAACCUAGUACAUACAUAAUUAAUUACGAAUUUAGCAGUAAAAUUCAAGUAAUAAUUUACAAACUUUAAUUAACAUUAUCGUUAAAGCUCCGAAACUUUUACAAAAUUGUGAGUUGAAAAAGUUAAAGCGAGUUAAACUUUUAACAAAGAUUAAAUUUUUAUUUCGAUAUUCCUUUAGUCCAAUUUUAUUAUUUAAUGUAACCGAUUGGACGUUUUUAAUUAAUAUGAUUUGCAGUUGUAACAUGGAUCGAGAAGUAAAUCAGAUUGAGAAAUUCUACAGGUUUCACAGAUUAAACAUUUCUGAACUGUAUUUGUGGUCUAAGAUAUAGGAUUAAAAAAGUAAUGUGGUAUUUUGCGUCCGUGAAAGUGUUUAUUCGGUUUAGCGUUACUCGAAGCUAUAAAAAGCUAUUGGAGAAUAUACCUGUCUACCUCAAAAACAUAAUUUUGCAACGGUUGAACGAACGACUCGCAGGAAAGAAAUCGACCUCAGUCGCGCGUUAGUUGCAUGUAAUGUUAAAAAAAUUCGCUAAAAUUUAAGGCUUAUGACCACAAAAAUAUUUAGAUUUAAUUCGCUUUCUCUUACUACAAUAUAAUCUCGUCUAUUUAUCUUUCUAGAAAAUUGUACGAGUAUUAAUCUCAUAAUUGUUUUCGACGUAUAAGGUAGCAUUUAUCAUGUCCUUAUGAGAAAUUCUAGAACCAAAUCUUAACAUCCUGACAUCACUGAAAAUUAUGGUCUCGUAGAAACUCUUACUCGCGUCCGUGAGUUUCCGUAAGUCAAAGUGAAAUUACCUGACGUAAUUAGCUCGACGCAAUUCACUGACGAAAGUUGAUAAAGCGUACGAUAUGAUUUUGCACUGUAGUUACGCGUAUAUAUUCAUGCAUUUGGUGGUAUUCGCGUAAGAACUUCGCUUGGAUGCUCGACGCAACCGCGACGCGAUGAUUUAUAAUAGAUAUUAAGAUUAUAUGAAGAUCGGUUUAGAAAAUAGCCAUUGACAUAUGUUGUGUAAAGAAUAUAAAAACAAUUACACGCAUACAUUAUGGUUUAUUCGAUAACGUUGACACAUACAUAUUAUAUAUAUACACGCGCGCGUGUAAGAGUUAUUCAGUAAAUUGCUUAUUUCAAGUUGUUAUGAAGUAUGUAUAUAGUCUACUAAUGGAUGAUGAAGUAGCUCUUGUUGAAAAAUAAUCAAAUAAUAUCACUAAUGAUACUUACUUCAAUAAUACAUUGCGUAGAAGCAUCUUGUUUAUUUAUUAAUCGAGAGGCUGAACUGUUGAACGAAAAUGCGACGAUACGGGAAAUAUAGAUUUUUAUUGACUUGUCAAGUAUUUGUACAUAGAAUUGUAGUUUUAAUUACAACUUGCAUAAACGCAUUUGUGCGUUUUUAUUAUAUUGUUUUAUUAUGUCUAACUAUAAAUUGCAAUCAAGUAUACUAAAUGAAUUUUAAAAAGGUGAUUUUUCUUAUAGUAUCGUUUUAUUUCAAUACGAUGUACAUCGAGUUUUGUUGGUGUAGAUAAAUGUUGAUAUUUAAUAUUAUUUCGAUAGGGAAUCAUUUAUAAUUCAUAUGUAUAUGUCUUGACAAGAUAUAUAAAUUAUAAAUGUACAUGUACAUGUACAUGUAAUUAUCGAAUAUGUUAUUAUGAAUUACACUCUCUACGAAGCUAAACAUGUAAAAAUAGUGCUUGCAUAAUGUCGAACGUUUAGUUAUCCGCCGCUGGCGCAACAUGAGAGUGUAUAAAAAAAGAGGUAUAUCAUUUUUACAAUCACAGAGAUAUAUUUUCGACUCAUUGUUGAUCAAUGAAUUUACACCGUAUUCAGUGUAUAUAGUAUUACAGUUAUAUAAUUACUAUAAUUUAUUUUUCUCCUGAACAUUCAAUAAUUAUCGACGUCAGUGCGUUCUCGACGAGCUACGUAUGAGAUUGCAUUCGCCGACAAUUCCAGAUUUUGUGCAAAUUGAUUGUUGCGACGAAUUAUCUAAAUUUCUAAGGGAAAAACAAAUACGUAUUAUAAUACACGCUGACGAUGUUAUAUAUCUGUGUCAUGAAAUAAAACUAUAUCUUCUAAA